AUGGCUUUCCAGACAAACUCCAGCAUUGCGAUGGCCCUUGCUGGUAAGACUGCUUCUGUUGAUAUCCCUCAGCGCCGUUCUGGCCUGAGUGGCAACCAUGUGCCUACGCGACCCGGGAUGCCUGCGAUGCUUCCCACGCCACCCAACUCCAUUUCCCCGAACCUCCCUCCUCAGACCUUCAAGCAACGAGUGGCCCUGUCGCCCGGAUCGCCGCUAUCGACCGUCCCCCAGUUGGACUCUGAUAUUGAUCUCGAGGAUGCGGAACACGCCAACGAUCAUCAUGUCUCCCUGCCUGUCGACGACCUCGACAGUACCGGCGCGAUCACCCCUGCCAUGCUAUCCAAGUACCAUCUCCCUGAGAUCUUACUCCAGCAGGGACCUUUGGCGAUCCGCCACGUUAUGGGUCAUCUGACAGCUUCGGCGCGCAGACUGGUGGUUGCUGCGUUGGAAGGUCGAGGAAAUGGAGGAGAAGCAGGUGGUGUUCAAGGCGACGUCGUGUUCGAGAAGAUUGGUUGGGGUCGCUGGGACGCGCGACGUCGUGGUGAACCUGCUCGCGAUCGUGGUUUGAACACUUCGUCGUCGCCGCCCUCGAGUGUCGCAGGCUCCUUCCAACAGCGUGGCCUACAGAUUCAGGGUCAGUCGGGCUGGCAGGGUGGCAACCGUCAUCCAUACCGCAUGAGCUUUGCCGAAUCCACGGCAUUCUCGUACACUGACGAUUACGGUAUGCAAGGGGACCUCGACAUGCUGGAGCACGAGGCAGACAAAAUGUCUCUCGAUGGUGACGACGGCGAAUACUGUUCUUCGUCGGAGGCUCCCGAUGAAAUUCAAGAAAAUGAGUGGGUUGAAGGCGAUGAUACCGAUGAGGAGGACUGGGCACAAAUUGGUGCCGACGCUUUGCGCGCCCGCUCGAUGAACAACAAUGGCAAUUUCAUCAACAGCCACGUCGCUGCGCGCGCAAAGCCUCAGCCUUCUGGGAUUUUCCCCGCCACCUGUCCAUCUGUGGCUAAAUUGCCACCCCGCACCUUCGACAUCCAAGAACGCGCGGCUGUGGAGGCGCUCCUCUGCCUGGGCUCCAUGUAA